AUGCAAAUGCAAAUGCAAGCUCAGAGGCAGUCUCCGCUGCUGUGGAGGGUAUCUACGGCGUCAGCCGCUGCCGUUUCUCGAAGAAUCACGUUCCGCCUCCAGGUGGAUGAGAAGAGAUUUAUUGAAGCAUCUAAAACCGGAAACAUAAUUCCGCUGUACAAAUGCAUAUUCUCGGAUCAUUUGACGCCGGUUAUGGCUUACCGGUGCUUGGUGCAUGAAGACGAUAAAGAGACUCCCAGCUUCCUAUAUGAAUCUGUAGAGCCCGGUUUUCGUGCAUCAAGUGUCGGUCGUUACAGUGUCGUUGGCGCACAACCGGCCGUUGAAGUUCUUGCUAAAGAGAAUCAGGUGACUAUUCUGGAUCAUGGCUCUGGUAAGAUAGUUGAGAAGUUUGUCGAGGAUCCAAUGACAAUUCCGCGAAGCAUUUCAGAAUUCUUGAGACCACAACUAGUCGAGGACCUUCCAGACGCAUUUUGUGGUGGAUGGGUCGGAUUUUUCUCGUACGAUACAAUUCGCUAUACAGAGAAGACAAAGCUGCCGUUCUCUGGCGCUCCAGAAGAUGACAGAAAUCUGCCUGACAUUCAUCUUGGACUAUAUGAAGACGUAAUCGUUUUUGAUCACGUGGACAAGAUAGCGUAUAUAAUCCAUUGGGUGCGAUUAGAUCAAUAUUCGUCUGCUAAAAAAGCCUAUGAAGACGGAACGAAACGCUUGGAAACCUUGGUUUCAAAACUGCAAGACAUUGAUCUCCCACGGCUAGCUCCGGCUCAUGUUGAUUUCCGCACUCCUGAUUUCGGACUUUCUCGAUACAAGAGAAACACGACAAGUGAGGAAUACACUGAGGCUGUGUUACAGGCUAAAGAGCAUAUUUUGGGUGGAGAUAUCUUUCAAAUCGUUUUAAGCCAACGAUUUGAAAGAAGGACGUUUGCUGAUCCAUUCCAAAUAUACAGAACUCUGAGAGUUGUGAAUCCAAGUCCAUACAUGACUUACUUGCAGGCUCGAGGGUGUGUCCUCGUCGCUUCAAGCCCAGAAAUUCUUGUUCGUGUAAAUAAGAAAAAGGUUGUUAAUCGACCCUUGGCUGGGACAUGUAAACGAGGGACGACAGGCAAUGAAGAUGAAAUGUUAAGGACGAUGCUGCUGCAGGAUGAAAAGCAAUGUGCAGAACAUAUUAUGCUGGUUGAUCUUGGCAGGAAUGAUGUUGGAAAGGUUUCAAAACCUGGUUCAGUUAAAGUGGAAAAGCUCAUGACUGUUGAACGAUUUUCUCAUGUGAUGCACAUAAGCUCUACAGUAACAGGGGAGUUACUUGAUCAUAUGACGGCUUGGGAUGCACUGCGUGCUGCACUUCCUGCCGGAACAGUUAGUGGAGCACCAAAGGUGAGGGCUAUGGAGUUGAUUGACGAAUUAGAACCAACAAGAAGGGGGCCAUACAGCGGUGGCUUCGGAGGGAUUUCGUUUCAAGGCGACAUGGACAUGGCAUUGUCGCUUAGGACGAUCGUCUUCCCCACUGGAGUCCGUUACGACACUAUGCAUCCGUACAAGGGUGGAAACAGGCAUCAAGAAUGGAUAGCGCACAUCCAAUCAGGUGCCGGAAUUGUGGCAGAUAGCCAACCAGAUGACGAGCAACUUGAGUGUGAACGCAAAGCUGCCGGUCUUGCCAAGGCCAUCGAUCUGGCAGAGUCAGCAUUCAUCAACAAUGCAUCCCUAUGACAAGAGACGACCGAUGGUUCGCCUUUGCCCGGUUACCUCAAUAGGGAGUUAAUUGCUCUUAACGGAACUAUAUGUGGUUGUCUGAAAUGAAAUCUAACUUUGCCUAGUUAGAAUAAUGUGUGUUAUGCUUACUUACCUUCAAAUAACAAUAUGUAAUAGGCCAUGUGCUAAAAAUGGAUCUUUGCCUAUUGUACAAUUCAAUAAUGUUCUCCCGGACUGAACCGCCAGAGUGGUUCGGUCGUGAGCCGCAUUUUGGGAAGGCCA